GCCUCAACUCCUGUCACCGGAUAGCUCCUGAAGGUGUCUGGUGACACACUGAGUGCCUUUCUGGAGCUGAAAAUCCAGAACUUGUCCAUACUCCGGGUUAACGAACUCAAAAGUUUUAAUUUAGCCCGCUUUCUACGAAAACCGAGAUUUUCUUUUUUUUCUGAUGGUCUUUGAAUGCGGCAUACGUCAACAACAUUGAGACCUCGCGAGACUCGGUUUGGCACAUCCCGGUACUUCCAUCAUGGCAGGCAGUAAGUUGGUGUUAGAAGGCAGAGUGAGUGUAAAAAGCUUUCUUUUAGGCCUCAGCGUCGUCCUCAUCCCGCUCAUUCGGACCUGGUUCGGACACCUGGACUGGGUCUUUGAUUAUCUGACAGAGACUCCCGGGAAAAUUGCAAUUUGUGUCCACAUUGCGGCUAUUAACGGCCUUUUGCUUGUCAUAUACAGGGGACCAGUGUAUAAGGUCGCAGUGAGAGCCUGCUUCCUGGGAGUUACGUUUGGCUGUGGCCUAAUCAUCAGCUUCUCUGACACCACUUGGACACAUUUUGGCUGGUACAUGUGCUCCCUCUCGUUCUUCCAUUACUCUGAAUACCUGGUGACCGCCGUCAUCAACCCUCGCAGCCUGUCGCUGGACUCGUUCCUGCUCAACCACAGCCUGGAGUACACGCUGGCCGCCGUGUCGUCCUGGCUGGAGUUCACCGUGGAGAAGCUCACUGUUCCAGAGCUGAAGCAUCUAAACUGGGUCAGUUUGGUCGGACUGGUCAUGGUGCUGUGUGGCGAGGGCCUGCGGAAGGCUGCCAUGUUGACGGCCGGCUCCAACUUCAACCACAUUGUCCAGAAUGAGAAAGCCCAGAGCCACGUUCUGGUCACCAGCGGGGUCUACGCCUACUUCAGACACCCAUCCUACGUAGGCUGGUUCUACUGGAGCAUAGGAACUCAGGUCAUGCUGUGCAACCCGGUCUGCAUCCUGGGCUACACGAUAGCCAGCUGGCGCUUCUUCCGGGAGCGGAUAGAGGAGGAGGAGCUCUCACUCAUCCAUUUCUUUGCCGAGGACUACGUGGAGUACAAAAAGAAGGUCCCCACCGGGCUGCCCUUCAUCUCUGGCAUCCGGGUCAACUAGUCCCCUAGACCUGGACACGAAGCCCAACAGACUUCAAGCUCCAUAGCAGGUCAGACCUGGAGGCGACGUGUGGUCUGCUGUAGCAGCUGCCGCCCCCUCAAGGUGAAGUCGCGGCCCCCGGCUGAGAGCCUGCAGCGGCUGCAAAGGCAGAGCGACGGCAGCUGGGCUGCUGUUUUUCUACCAACAUCCAGUAUAUGAACAGAGAACCUCAGCUGUACACGCAUUCCCACUCUCGCCCGUUUCUGUCUGCAUGCUGUCACCUUGGCGAUAGGUUUCCACUCAUCUGCUGGCUGCUUUGCCCGGACCCUUCAGCAUCACAUGUCAGAGUUCAUUUCAUGUACUAGAGAUGUUUCACAGAAAAUGAACAAUAUUAUGUGGAGGGACACGCUUAAGGCUUUUCCCAAUCAGAAGCAUUUAAAUGGACGACGUCUUCUCCUGCUUUUUUUCUACGUCUACUGCUUACUUACUCACCAUAUUAUCAAUAUCCAUAUUUAUUUCUGACCCCACUCUCUUACAGUGGUAAAAGACGUGACAUGUUCUGUCACCUGGUUAGCAUCAAAAUGGGAAUAUUUCUAUAAAAGCCAUGUUUUCUCAUGUGCACUUUCUCAUUUUGAGCAUCUUGUUCUACGUCUUGCAGAAACAAUGAAAUCUUCUUUCUGGAAAGGAGAAGCAGCUCCAGAUACCAACCACAGGUUCUCUGUGGUUGGUUCCGACUGUCUGGCUGGGAGGAGGAGGAAGAUGAUCACUCUCUCCUGUGAUCACCUCCUGCUUUUCUUUCAUUUUCUGAUAUUUUCUAGACAGGGAGAGUUUAAUUAAAACAAGAACUGCCUGAAGCAGGGAUAGAAAAGAGACCAGCAGGAGAUAAUUGACCUCCACUUCUGAAAGGACUAAAUGUAAAUGUUUCUGUAGAUUUUUACAUCUUUUUUUCUUGCGCUCUCAAUGAAACACGCAGCAAUAUCACAUUACAUGUGCUGUUUAGCUGAGCAGGGUGUCCUUUGUUACUGAAAACAUUGCACAACAUAGGACACCUGAACUUUUUGUUUUUUUUUCUCUAAAACUAUAGAAGAGCGUAGCGUGGUGAGCCUCUGGUUCUUUUCUGUAAUGGGUGAAGCUGUCGGUGUGGCAGAGUUGGGUCUGGGGAAUCUUCUGGUGCUCAGGGUUUUGCUUUGUUUGUGGCUGCUUUUCAUCCAUUUUGUUUUCCAGAUGUGUGCUCAUCUUGUGGUGUCACCCCGCAUCCGUUAGCAUCCGUUAGCAUCACUUAGAGUCACCAGGGAUGAUGACUUGUCGUACUGUUUAAUAUUUAAGCUUUUUCUUUUUUUAAAUCAAUGAUUUGUAACGACUGUAGCACAAACUCAGACGUCCUGUUGGAAGCGCAGUGAGUUCCAAAGUUGUCCCAAUAAUUCUGUCACACAUUUCCAUGAAUAGUUUGUGCAUCUCUGUACAAACCACAAACAGACCAAAGUAUUAUGCAGAAGAUGUUUAGAUGUAUGCGUGGCGCUUCGCAGUGCUGAGGAAUGUUGCGGACAUUGCACUGAAGAGUUUGAUCUCCACACUUUGUGUUUCAUAAUAAAGUCUUCCCGCCAUGGUUUAUAAUUCUGAAACAGAGACUAUAUUAAAGGACGGACGAGGCCACUCUGAGGCGUGGCAGUGGCAGGAGGUCUGCUGUGACUCCGGUGGUGGCGCGUUGUGUUUAGAAGGCGUGUGAUCCUCCUGAUCCUAGUUGCAUUUUGACAGUCAGGUAUGCAGUGGCACCCAGAGGGGGCCAUGACCCCCGUUGAAAAAUGCUGCCUCCCAGUGAAUCAUGUUCAAAAGGCAUACGGGCCAUCUUCUUCAAUCAAGUGCGUUCCAAUUCAAUAAAACAUAUAUAUAUAUCUCCAUGAUUGAAACCAAAUGCAUGCCCUUGUCAUUCUUCUGAGUUUAAUAUAGAAAUAAUUUGGUCUCUAAAGGGUGUCUCCUUUUUAGAGGCACCUAAAGGGAGGUGCCCACUAAAUAUUGGGCUAAUAGUAGGCCCAAUAUUUAUUGAGCCCAAUAAAUAUUGCCAAUAAAUAGCAAUAUUUAAAGGGGCUAAAUAUUUAAUGGGCUAAUAUUUAUUCAUCCAAAAUUGAAAUGUUUAUGUAAUCAAGUCAAAAAUCUCAUUUUAUCUUGUCUGCUGUUACCGAAACUUCAUAUUUGAUGUCACAUCACAUGCUUUGAAAGCUCAGUGACAGGUUGUGCUGAUUACACAGCCUAUGUUAAUCAGUUAUCUAACAGUAGCAUUCUGUACUAUCAGUCCUCUGGCUUUAAAACGAAACGCGUCAUGAACCAUCAGCUGAAUAUUUACACGUCAUUUGAAAGGUGCUGAAUUCCCCUCAUUACAUUAAAUGGUUCAUAUUUUUAUUGAAUUGGAACAAACAUUAACAUUGAUGAUUAAAAUGCAACAAUUCAGUGACUACUUGAGGCCCAAACUCCGCCUGUCGGCAAUGUUUUCAGCAACUACAGUUUGUCUCAGCUGCUGUUUUCGUAGCUUGACCUCUGAAUCCCAUCAGAGUUUGAUCAUCUAUUUCUAUCAGUCCCUCUGCAGCGCCUGCUCUGACGUCGACUGCAGAGGCGACUCAGUCCCACCACAUUCAACAAGACAAAACUCUGAAACUUUGGUCUAAAUUUGAAUAACAGCUCAGUGAAGGUGAUGUUUUUGUUUCUCUUUCAAUGUGACACAUGUAGCUUGUGGGAGAUUUCUGGUAAAUGAUUAAAGGUUGUGGGCACAUACACAGAUUUUAUGCUGCAUAAACAGAGUGGAAAACGGCAGGUUUUCCACUCUGACUGAAAACUGUUGACUGCAUUUAUUCAGCACUGCUUGUAUGAAAUAAAGUUGAGGUUAUUAUCUAAA